UUUGAAGAAGUUAAUUUGUGAAGCAACGAUGAACGUUCGUGAAUUUACGUCAAACGCAUGCGAGGAAAUAUUAAAAUUACCAGAAGAAGAUAGAGGUGGAACGGAUACAACUAAAUUAUUAGGCUUAGGAUGGAACUUGAUAAACGAUACAAUAACAAUAAAACUGCCAGAAUACAAGGAAGGGAAAAUAACAAGGCGAACGAUUUUGUCACAAAUCGCUCAACCAUUUGACCCCUUAGGAAUUAUAAGUCCAAUAAUUCUUAAAGGAAAAUUAAUAAGACAAAAGGCAGAAAAAGACAAAAAAUUAAAUUGGGAUCACGUCGUUGAUCAAGACAUAGCUGAAGAAUGGGAAAAGUUAAUGCAAAACUGGAACAGUCAGUCAAUAGAAAUACCUCGAAAAUAUUUUAAAAAUGAAAAAUAG